CGUCUAGAUUUUUAGGUUAACUGGAUAAACAAAUUCACAUUAUAGUAAGGGCCACAGCACCGCUAUGAUCUAAGCAGUUCAGAAAUUAAAGCUAUGGACAUAUAGCAUAGCAUUCGUACAGAUAAUGUUAUGUAGUUUGCUGUAAGAAAACGUUUUACUAGAAGAAUGUUGGUUAUCCGCUUGUUUCGUAGUAAAUGGUGCAAGUUUUCAAAAACACUGGCAGGCAGAUGCUUCAUGCUUUUUGCCUUUGCUGCGUUUGGUCUUUGCAGAUCACCGCCACUUGCAUCGGGCGCUGAAAAUCCCACAAUUACUGAAUACACCUGCAGUUUCGAUAGUGGUCUUUGUGCGGGCUGGAACAUUACCUCCAAUGUCCCCACUGCUUCAUGGACGUCGACAACAACGCAUGGUUUACAGGAUCACAUACACCAGAAUCUGUUCUCGUUUGACGGAACGCAUUUCAUGUAUACUUCGAACGCUGCCCGGACGUGCAAUCGGGAAAUCUGGACGGAACUCCACAGCCGGCAUUUGCCGCAGAAGCUUCAUAACACCAUUUUAAAGCUGUUGGUUAGUUUUUGGUACUUUGUACCCAAGGGAUACGGAACACUCAUGCUGAGCUUUCGGCAUAUCGAUGCCACUAAGCGAGAUAUUCUGCACUGGAUGCUGCGGGGUGAGAUUUUUCAGGGUGUGUCGGACAAUGACAUGCGGUGGUACUCCGCACAAGUGCCAAUUGUUCUGGAAGAGAACGGAUGGCUCGUAUUUCGUUUCGUCUAUGGCCGAAUCAUGGAUGCUUUUGCUAUAGACAAUGUGAUAACUUCUGCCUACGAGUCACUUCCGAGUCCGAACUAUUUUAGCAGUGAACCCAAGUCAAUAUCUUGCGGCUUCGAUACCCAUUUGUGCGGAUGGACAAAAUAUUUUGACUCCGGUUUUAAACUGGAGACAUCCGAGCAAUCCACUUAUCUAGUGGGCCGGCAUAAUGCGAACCUAAUCCAUCCAUUAUUCAGAAAUUACGAAAUGGUAAUAGGAAGCGUUCCUGUACCCUUUCAAGUGACAACGAACGUCGUGUUCAGUUUCCGGUACUAUCUUGGUGGAAAUGGCGUUCAGCAACUGCGCCUGUUUGUUAGCGAAGCUUAUGAUAGCAUGGUUGUGUGGGAAAGGAAACUGCCGAACAGCAUCGGCGAUGCCGAUUUAAGGAAAUGGAUAUCGGUUGAGCUCAGGCUCUGCAUGUCUGUCGGCUCGUCACUGCGUUUUUUAGUAACAACCAAAUUCCGAGGUGCAGAAGUGAGGUUUGAUGAUUUUGUUUACCGGGAAAUGGUGGACGAAAAUGCGUUGUCUCGUACUCCCUGUGGCAGUGUGACCUGCAGUUUCGACCAGUCGCUUUGUGGCUGGAGCGAUCGCGGCGUUUCGUCAAAAUGGAAGCCGCAAAACGUUGCGGAUGCUACGAACUACGCCAAGCCUGGUACAGUUGAUCUUGUGGCGAGCGAAUCACGCACUGACGUGCUCGUCCCGAUUGCUCGCUUGGUCAGUUCUUGCUUCGAUCUUGAAGUAGCGACCAACCUUACCGAUGCUUAUUGGACUGGAGCCACUCAGAUGGAGGGCAAUAGGUUAAUCGUGAAGAUUCUUCAUGCUAAUCGUUCAGAAGAGUUUGUUGGUUUCCUUGCGCGCAACAGGGCCGUCAUUCUGCAGCCCCUGCGUGCCGCUCGAUUAAUCGUCGAGCACGCCUAUCCGACGGGCUCGGCUAGACUGCCACGCAUAAGCUUGCUUAAUGAAAGUGUUUAUGCCAAACCAUCCAGUCAGUGCGCAGAAUAUUUGCCACCGCUGAUAACCAACCUGCCGCAUAUUCCCACUGCCAGUUGUACAUUUGACAGAAACUUGUGCGGUUGGAAUCAACUGAACAGCGAUCAGAAGUUUUACAUUUAUUCGAGUUAUGCAGCGGUAACACCGUAUCAAGGAACCGGUGCCGUUGCUGCUCUUAUGUUGAAAAAGCCGGAAAGCGCUGGCAAAUACCUGUUCGGUCUGGUGUCGCCCAAAAUUCGGGGCAAGGGAAGGGCGCGAUUAUUUUUUGCUUACCGAGCUGACCAAUAUAUCGAGUAUGCAAGUGUGCUAGCAAAACGUGAGGACGGGUCAACAGCGGCGUUUUUAUGGGGCAUCCGUAAACAGGACGAGCCGAGCCGUUCGGAAGUUUGGGAAUUUGUUCGUGCUACCUACUGCAUUAACGGAGAAUACACACUGGAGCUAAGUGCACGGUUCCAGUGAGUCUCAUAGAGUCGAACUGCUUCUUUCAAAUUACCAAUAACGUUUGGUUGAUGGUACUAUUAAGUAAACAGUUAUCUGGAUAAAACAGUUGUUAAGAAAAUGAAAUGACUGCAAAUUUACGAGAAAAGAUUUUACUGGUAAUACAGAUAACUAUGGGUGGGCAAGGUGGAUAGGGUAAACCCGGGGAGGAAAGAAGCUGAAAUCUACAGUAUAAAAAUUCAGUACUUUUCGGCAUGUUUUCGUCAAAGGCAUCAAGUUGUAAUUAAGAGCAAAAACGUGUGGCACGACCUACAGCCGCUUGGAAUUUUUCAAAACGGAUUGCACAUUCUCUUGUUAGUUGUUUAUGCUCUCCAUACUCGUUAUCGGUUUAAUACGAAAUUAUGAUUUUCGCAUAAAUCGAAUCAUGAAUAUGAGUGUGCCUUAUAUAACUCAUAACAGCAGUCGCGGUGAAUGCGGUUGUAGGGCGCAGUCGCGCAGACAGGCUGUCGCUAGCGCGCUUCCUGCCUGGCCUCUAUAUAUACAGAGUACAUGCCCGAUUCAAACCACAUUUAUGCUACUUUACUCGACUCAGAUGUUUUUGAGAACCUUAAAAACACAAAUUGCAGAUUCAGAAUCAGAUUCAAAUUUUGCUAUGGCUUUCUGUCUGUAAAUGUUUGUAGCUCAUAUGGAUCGUCCGAAAAUCACUGCCACACGUUUACAACUUGAUGGCCGUUUUGGCCAUUGUAUUUCUUAUGUCUUUCGAAAAACGUUAACGAGCUGUGACGGCAAAAAAGCACUGAAUUUUUCGCCAACGGGUUUCAUCACCAGGUUACCCUAUCCACGUUUCUGUGGUUAUCGAUGAUGCACCGCCAGAAACACGUCACAAGUAAAUGAUUGGAAAGUAAUGCGGACACUU